AUGAUCCUCCUCUUCACCUCACCUCCACUGCGCCUCCUCUUCACCUCCUCUUCACCUCCUCUUCACCUCACUGCGCCUCUCUUCACCUGCGCCUCCUCUUCACCUCCUCUGCGCCUCCUCUUCACCUCCUCUGCGCCUCCUCUUCACCUCCUCUGCGCCUUCCUCUUCACCUCCUUCUGCGCCUCCUCUUCACCUCCUUCACCUCCUAAAGUCCUUGUCUCUGUCUCACUGACUGCAGGAUGA